AUGAUCGCCGCCGUUCUCGGUCUCCUCAGUCGUUCGAGUGACAGGAAGCGUCGCAAGCAAAAGCGCCACCGAUCCCGGUCUCGAUCCAGAUCUCGGUCACCUUCCCGAUCUCGCUCGAAAAAGUCCAAGAGCAAGCGCCAUCGCCGCCGAUCUUCUUCGUCCAGUGAUUCUGAUGACAACCCUCGAAGCGCCAUCACCGGACAAAAGCUCAAGUUGAAAGUGGCCAAGUCAAGCGAGGACAAGAAGCGGGAGAAGAACCGCGGCAGUCUUUUGGACUUUUUGAACGCCUCUUACGACUAA